AGAACGUCCCAACCCAUCACCACAAACUUCUGCUUCUUUAUAUGGACUGCUGCUUCUACCUGUCUAAGUGGAGGAGGAAGAGGAGAUAUAGAUGGCAAUGGCUUGCAUGAAAGCCAUGUUUUCCCUGGAGAUAGCGUCCCUUCUUGUGGCCUGUGCAUAUGCCCAUGGUAUGAGGCUUCAACUUCCUGCAGAUUUCAUUAGAUUUGGAUACGGUGGAGCAACUGGACCAGAGAAAUGGGGAAGCUUAAGCUCAGAGUUCAAGCUGUGCUCUGCAGGAAAGCACCAGUCCCCAAUCAACAUCGUGAAGGACGACGUGGUCUAUAACCCGAACCUGAAAGGACUCGACAGGGACUACGUCCCCACGAACGCCACCUUCAUCGACAAUGGUUUCAACGUCGAGCUACGGUAUGAAGGUGGUGGUGCAGGGAAAAUGACCGUGGAUGGGAAGAACUACAGCCUGCUACAAAUGCAUUGGCAUUCGCCUUCGGAGCACACCAUCAACGGAGAACGGUUUCCGGUGGAGCUUCACCUCGUUCACAAGACCGACUGCGGCGACAUCACCGUCGUAUCGAUCCUGUACCGGUACGGCCACCCGGACGCGUUCCUUAUCCAGAUGAGGAAGGAGAUCGAUGAGCUGGCCAUGGGGGCACGCGCACAAGUUCCAGUUGGUAUUGUUCGAACAAGAUGGUGGAAGCGCCACAGUCGUAAGUACUACAGAUACGUUGGAUCUCUCACGACACCACCAUGCACUGAGAACGUUAUAUGGAGCAUCCUCGGCAAGGUGAGAGAGAUGAGCGAGGAGCAAGCAAGCGCACUGAAAGCGCCACUGGAAGAAGAGUACCGGAGUAACUCGAGGCCGUUGCAGCCGCUGAACGGGCAGACCGUGCAGCUCUACGAUGAGAGGCGGCAGCGGCCGUCUUGCUGAUGCUGUGGUUCUCUGUUUCCUGGUCAUGCAUAAGAAGCAUUUGUUGUGGUGGCUAAUACACCAACAGCAAAUAAUUUUCUUGAUCAGCUCGAUGAAAGCCACUGGAAAUUGCAGCCAAGCAGCAACACAAUGUAUGGUCAAGGCAAUGAUUUCUUGUAAUGGCAAAACAUAUUAUCUAGCAAACUCGAUAGGGAACAUGAGGUUCAACUCUGAAAGAAGAGAUUUGUUCUUGAUAAAGCAAUAAAAACUAAAUGCCAUACA